AACUAAGUCAAGCCUCGAUAUACUGCUGGGUGUUUUCGGUACAUGUUUCAGAGCUUCAUUGUCACGCCAUGGAGCUUUUACCAAUCCUUGACCCUCUGGACAAACCACGAGAAGGAAUAUGGUAUUGCUUGGCACCCAGUGGAAGUGUUCCAGGUGUUAGUGUGGGCCAUACCUGCAUCUUUAUUCCAUCUGAAAGUGGAGGAAAGGGGCGAAUCCUUAUUGUUGGGGGAGCCAAUCCCAGUGGCACUUUCUCACAUUCCCAUAUCAUAAAUCUAGAUAAUAACAGAUGGGAAAUGCCAGAAUGGAAUGGUUUGGAGACACGAUAUGAACACUGCAGCUUUGUGCCCGAGAACAACCCACAGAGCCUGUGGGUUUUUGGAGGUGCACAUCAGAGCGCCAAUCGCAGUUGUAUCCAAAACAUUCAACUAACAGACAGUGGGUCUCACUGGAAGAAUGUUUCUGUAAAUGGGGAGCCUCCAUGUCCCAGGACAUACCAUACCAACUCAGCCUGCAUUGGGGACAGACUGUACAUUUUUUCUGGAGGGGAAACAGGAGCUACACCUGUCUCAGACCCAAAAGUUCACAUAUUCGAUACAGUUUCCAGCUCCUGGACCCAGCAUGAACCACAAGGCAGACUCCCUCCAGCGAGACACGGACACAUCAUCAUCGCUGUGGGUUCAAGGAUCUACAUUCAUGGAGGCAUGGCUGGAGACACAUCCCACAGUGACAUGUACUGCCUCGAUACGAGGAGCAUGAAGUGGACCAAAGUGAAAAUGAAAGGAAGCAUCCCACCAGGAGUAGCGGCCCACUCGGCUGUGGUUCUGGGAAAGAAUAUUUACAUCUUUGGUGGGAUGACAGCAGAGGGAGCCAGUAACCACAUGUACCGAUUCAACACUGAUACAAAUCACUGGCUCCAGAUGAAAUUUGAAGGGGAUGUGCCACCCAGUCGCCUAGAUCACUCCAUGUGUUUAGUGCCGUGGAAAGUGUGCAGUGAAACAGCAGCAGAUGAGCAAACUGAACACCCAGCUGCUUCCCAGACAGUAUUUUUAGCUUUUGUAUUUGGAGGGAUGGAUACUCAAGGUGUCAUACACAAUGACUGUGUAGUGACUGUAGUGACAUGACAGCCAA